AUGCUAGACCAAAUUCCUUCAGAGAUCAUAUCCCGGAUAUCGUACCAUCUAUCCCUCUCUCACUCCAAAUCCUCAACUACAUUCCAGGAUAUACCACCUCUCAACUUGCUAUUAUCAUGUCGGACGGUCAACCAGGCCAUAUCGCCAUCGACCAACCCAAGACUAUAUGGAAAGUUGUUCAGAGCGCUGUUCGAUGUCGCAGCUCCAGAAAGGAGAUUUCAGACCGUGUCAUCGCAAAAGAAGAAGACCAAGAAGAGGAAGAUCAAUAGAACAAUAGAUGGAGAGGACGAUGAGUCAUAUGGAGAUAAGUUGAAAGCUCAAGAACUGGCGAAAGAGUUAAAGAAGAGGGUAGAAUGCUUGAGACGAUUGAAGGAGAUGGUAGAUGUGAGAGAUGUCACGGAUAUUGAGGAAGAAGGUUUAUGGAUCGUAUAUCUCAUGUUGAUAGAGAAUGACGGCAAGAAUAUCAAGCAUCUGAUAGGACCAAAAGCGACCGUCAAUCUGCUUACGUUCUUGGAAUUAUACCACGAUCAACAUUUCUUGGCUGCUGCCGUCGAACCUGGAUACCCAGCUGAAACGGUGGGAAGGUCCUUGGCAAUGUGGGUAGCUUGGCUGGUCGGUGGAUCAGGCCCACCCGAUGAAACCCCCGAACAGCGUGAAGAGAGAAUGUUUGUCCUUCGUCCCUAUGUCUUUGCAGCACAGCAAUACCCUUUAUACUUCGCCCCAUGGGUCUUGCCCGACUUGCCUCUAUCACACUCAUCACCCUCCACUAUGAAUUCCAUCGAGCUCGACAACCACGUCAACCUGAAUCCAUUCAUAGCUGAUCUGACCCCCAAAUCAAGAUCGGUGGUAAUAGAGCAUUUCGGAAGGAGUAUAUCUCUCUGUCCACCUUUUUUAGCUCAUGCAGCUAUACUAAGAUUCUUCUACAGACGAUUGGGCGAAGAUGGCGAUUUGGAUUCGGAUACGGAAUCAACUAUGGAUAUAGAUAUGGUUACUUCUCCUUUUAUGGCGUUACAGAACCAACAUCAAGGUGCCGUGGGAGUAAGAGUCAAUGACUUAGUCGAUGGGAUCAUGCCCGGUACACAAGGCAUAAUCUUAUCAAACCCGGCUUCCAGGGCACCCACUCGACCUACUUCCCCUACACCCCCACAUGGAUUUAACCCCCAGAAUGGAUUCUUAGUUGGAAAUUCUAAAAUCCACGAUCUGGAUUUCCUAAGAUUGAAAUCAUGUUAUGAUCCGUAUCAUACCAAGGGAUUAAGAUCGACUAAUUGGAGGAAUAGCUGGGAAGGUUGCUGGGAAGGUACUUUUUCGUUUUUCGAUUUCGACGCGUUUAGAGAGAUGUUAGCUGGACAUUCUAGGGCUUUAUACGAGGGGCCGUAUGGUGAACAAGCUCAGGUAUGGAGACUGACGGAAACGUACGUAAGGAAACAAGGUUGGGUCAAGAAGGUUGUAGAGCAAGAUGAGGAUGAAGAUGAAGAUGAAUAUCUUGAUUCUGAAGAGGAGGAAGAGGAAGUAAAAGGAUUGCCAUUAAAUGGACCUAUAGUCAAUGCUGGAUUCCCUUCUACGGAAGCACCCAAUACGUACAGUAAUCUUGCGUCCGCUACCGCUGAGGCUGAAACGCUAAGACAGACUAUCCAACAGCAGAUAGAAGCCAUAAAAGGGUAUGAGAUUGUACCACCCGAAGAACUUGAGGAUAUGUUAGAUCUGAACGAGGAAGAACAAGAGGAAGCCGGUUUGGAGAUGUUAUUGAGCGGGACGGGGCAUAGUGCAUGGGGGAAAUUCAUCUUGAAAGGAAGAGUAAGGAAUUGGGAUGGGAUGGCUAGUUUGGUUAAAGAAUAUGCUCCCGACUCAAGAGGUAAAUGGAUAUACCGCGGGUACGUCCUAGCUGGUGAUAUUUUCGUUGGAAGAUGGAGAGAUACAUAUACACCUGAAACUUUCGUAGGGUAUGAAGGUACUUUUAUAUUGAAUAGGAGGUGA